AUGUCUACCUUAGAGGAUCUCGAUGACCUUGAGCGUGAGGACAAGAACCAAAAGGAUGACCGAAAAGAUAGUGGCAAGAAGGAAGCAGACAAGGACGGAGAUGCGGAGAUGAAGGAGACAGAAAAGAAAGAGGAAGAGGAUCUCAUAGACGAGGAAAUCCUCCGGUCAAGCACAAGGGAUAUUAUCAACCGAAGGAAACUUAUCGAAAACGACAUGCGGAUCAUGAAGAGUGAAUUCCAGCGGUUGACGCAUGAGCAGAAUACGAUGAAGGAGAAGAUAAAGGAGAACUUGGACAAGAUUGAGAAUAACCGGCAACUUCCCUACCUAGUUGGCAAUGUUGUAGAGUUACUGGACCUUGACGUGGAAGAGGAGGCAGCAGAGGAGGGAGCAAAUAUUGACCUCGAUGCCACUCGAGUUGGCAAAUCCGCGGUUAUCAAAACCUCCACACGACAAACCAUUUUCCUCCCACUCAUCGGACUCGUUGACCACGAACAACUGAAACCCGGUGAUUUGAUCGGUGUAAACAAAGACUCCUACCUUGUUCUAGAUACCCUUCCUGCCGAGUACGACAGCCGCGUAAAGGCAAUGGAGGUAGACGAGAAGCCUACCGAGCAGUAUUCCGAUGUUGGUGGUCUGAACAAGCAGAUUGAAGAACUCCUUGAAGCUAUAGUAUGGCCCAUGAAGGAGGCGGACAGGUUUAAGAAGAUUGGUAUCAAGGCUCCCAAAGGUGCUCUCAUGUACGGUCCACCCGGAACUGGCAAAACUCUCCUUGCCCGAGCAUGCGCCGCUCAAACAGAGGCAACUUUCCUCAAACUUGCCGGUCCCCAAUUAGUGCAAAUGUUCAUCGGUGAUGGUGCCAAGUUGGUACGUGAUUGUUUCGCCCUGGCCAAAGAGAAGGCCCCAGCCAUCAUUUUCAUCGAUGAACUCGAUGCUAUCGGCACCAAGCGUUUCGACUCCGAGAAAUCAGGAGACAGAGAAGUGCAGCGAACUAUGUUGGAACUCCUCAAUCAGCUCGAUGGUUUCGCCUCUGAUGAUCGGGUCAAGGUCCUUGCGGCUACUAACCGUAUUGAUGUCCUUGACCCUGCCCUUCUACGAUCCGGCCGUUUGGAUCGAAAAAUCGAGUUCCCACUACCAAACGAAGAGGCUCGAGCUCAAAUUCUCAGAAUUCAUUCCCGUAAGAUGACGGUUGACGAUAAGGUUAACUGGCCCGAACUUGCUAGAAGCACUGACGAGUUCGGUGGUGCUCAGCUUAAGGCCGUCUGUGUAGAGGCUGGUAUGAUUGCUCUAAGAAAGGGGGUCAAUAAAGUGAGCCACGAACAUUAUGUCGACGCCAUUUCGGAGGUAAUGGCAAAGAAGAAGGAUACAAAUGUUGGCAUAUAUGUCUAG